AGCUACGACUUUCAUGUAUCUAACAUUGUCUUCCUGACACUUCAGGUAUCAACAAUUUUACCUUUCAAGUAAGACAUUAAUGUAAUGAUAUAUCACACAACACAGAAUCACUCCUCACAGUCCUUCAUGCUGGUACAAUCAUACUGAAACGAGGAUGCACGAGGUGAAUGUGGCUUUGGUGGUCUUACUAGUUACCUGGUUCUUGCCGAUGGCUGGAACUACAUCUCUGGGGGUUGCGGCUAAAGAUCUUUGGAAAGCAGAUGUGCUGAACCUUGUGUUGGUCAACGCGUCCAUUUAUCACUGCUCGCUCGUAGUUAUCACAGAUGGCAGCACAUCCACUCAUACCAUUUUUCAAGCUUUAGGUUCCCGGGGCCGAGGAACCACUGGUGGCGAGGUGGUAUUUGAGGUGGCAAGAGACAGUCAUGGUGGCACUAACUUCACGCAUUCUCUAAUCCCUCAAGUGGUGCUUCAAGCUAGAAGGCUGAGACUGCUAACUUGGUGUAUGGCGGUGGUAGUGAUGAGCGACAACCCCACCUUCCUCUCCGCUUUUGCCGAGGCGUCUGAUAAAGAGCGACUAAUUGUGUGGACAACGAAGCUGGUAGUGGUUACCAGUGUGACUAUGCCACAUUUACAUUCUCUGCUUCAAGACUACUGGAUCUUUUCUAGGAUGAAUACGUUGUUUAUUAAAUCAAAGGAAAAACCAGGUAUUCAAAGUUGCCAGCUUUUUGUGUAUCUGCCGUAUAGUCCCAUCGGGCCGCAGGUGGUGCGUGUAGCCAGUUGGACGGCUGGCAAUGAUAUCGUCCUUGUUCCUGAAAGACCACUUUAUCCCGAAAAAUACAAUAACUUCUAUGGAAGUGAAGUCAAUCUGACCUGGAUACCAAUCAAGCCUUACUGGACCGAAGUAACGCGACAAGGGCGCAAUGGACCUGAAGUAAUUGACUACACUGGCAGAGAAUAUUCCAUAACAAGUGCCAUGGCCGAAAUCCUUAACUUCAGCAUGAAUCCUCUUCCAUACAAAGACUGGGACCUGGAAAGUUUCAUUCACUUCGCUUUAACAUUGUGUCAAAGUGUCUAUACUUAAGCAAUGAUAUGUGUAUGUCUAAAGUUCAUUGUCUCUGCAACAGGAUAUGCAGCUGUAAUAUGCAAUGACGUACGUACACAUAUACUAACAUGUCUUUGUCUUCUUUCUCAAUGGGAAAC